AUGGCUGUGCCCACCCCGCUGCCCCCCAGCCUGCGCCGGGGCCUGGUGGUCUUCAGUGGCUCCCUCUUCAUCAACAACAAGACGUGGGACAGCGGCACUGCCCCCAGCUCUCAGCCAGCUCACAAGGUGCUGUCCAGCCUGCCCCUCCAGGUGAUGCUCUACUUCAACGUCUACUACUUCCCAGUCUGGUGCCUGGCUGAGGGGAUUAUGCUGCACCUGAAGUACCACCUGCUGCCAUGGCACUAUCAGUUCCUGCUGGUCGCAGCCUUCCUCAUCCUCUCGCUGGCUGAGGGCUCCCGCCUCUACCUGGGCUACCUGGGGAACCUCCAGGAGAAGGUGCCUGAGCUGGCUGGGUUCCUGCUCCUCUCCUUCCUGAUCCAGCUGCCCCUCCUGCUCUUCCUGCUGUCAGACAGGCAGGUCAUCCACCUACCGCUGGAGGUGCCCCUGCACAGCUUGUUCCUGGCCUUCCUCCUCCUCGAGAUCGUGGCUGCCUUCCUGGUGCUGAGGACUAUGACCAAGCAGCUGGCGGCCCAGUUCUACCUGCGGCAGUUCCAGGAGGGUGGCAGGGCCCGGCUGGAGCCUGGGGGCACAGGGGGACAGGCAGCCGGGAUGGGCUGA